AUGAACAUGGGAUUUCUUCUAUUGGCUUUUAAUCAAAUCUCUGACAACUGUGGCAUGCUACAUUACACCUCAGGUGGCCAGUUCACCAUCCCCACUGUGAUCCGUGGACCUGCAGAGCAUUCACAAAGGCUUGAGUCAUAUUUUCAAUCAAUUCCGGGAAUACAAUUGGUUGCCUGCUCAACUCCUUACAAUGCCAAGGGCCUAAUGAAGGCUGCCAUCCGUAGCGAGAAUCCCGUGGUUCUCUUUGAACAUGUCCUCCUUCUCUACAACCUCAAAGAGAGGAUUCCUGAUGAAUAA